AAGUCGGACGUCCACUUGUCAGUCUGGCUUUGGCAGCAAUAAUCCGAAGUCUCAUCUCAAUCUCUCGUACUCUCUGCGGCCCUGCCGGGGUCCCUCCCAACUUUUCCACGACGCUUUUCAUUUCAAAUUUCAAAUUUCGAAAUCGACGAGGACGACGACGAACCUGACGAUUUAUGCGAAUCGUAAAUCCGACGUUUGAUUAAACAAACACACAAGGGUUUUGUUUUUUUUGCCUCAAAGUUUGGAUCUUUCGGACGAAAUCGUACCAGAAUCAUGGGAGAAUCGACGUGUCUGAUGCAGCCGUUCUCCUAUGCUGCCGGCAUCCCCAACGACGCACACGAGGGGAACCCGAUUCAUGCUCUUGGGCAGUCAGUGUCGUUCGGGAGGUUCGUGUCGGAGUCAUUGGCUUGGGAGAAAUGGUCGACAUUUUCGCACAACCGGUAUGUGGAGGAGGCCGAGAGGUACGCCCGCCCCGGUUCAGUUGCGCAGAAAAAGGCUUUCUUUGAAGCACAUUACAAGAAAGUCGCUGCUCAAAGAGCAGCCGCCUUGCUUGAACAAGCAAAUGCUAAUGCUACUGCUGCUGCUACAUCGGAAAAUGCACCAGAACCCAAAUCUGAAAGCCGGGAUCUAAAGACGAGGAUUUCAACCUCUGAAGUGUUCGUCGAUGAGCAAAAGGAAGAGAAAGUCGAAGAGAAGGUCUACGAGCCAAAUCGAGAAGAAGAAUCUAUUGGUAAAUAUACCAAUGACUAUAAUGCAAACACUGAAAUGGAGAAAUUUGAAAGCAGUAAGGUGCACCCUGUAGAUCAUGAAGACCAAGUUUCGGGGGAGAAUUCGGUUGAGGUAGAACUUUCAAGCCAAUGUGCUGAUAAAGACAAGGAGGAAAACGGCAUGGAGCUCACCGGCGCACCCCAGAUCGAAAAGCCUCUGUUAAAGCAGAGUUACAGAUCGAAUCACGAAGCUUUGACACCAGUGAAAACGAAAAAAAACAGACUAUUUAGUUCCUCCAAAUCAUCAUUAGCAUAUCAUAAAGCACCUAAAGUCCCAUCUUCUCCAGCCAAACCCACAGCUCCCAGUUGUUCCAGAAAGGAUGACAUUAUCACUCCGUUGCGUAAAUAUCCGGCUGCAGAACUGGAGGACAAGAAGAAAUCAACUCCGAAAUCACUUCACAAGUCGGUCAAAUUUACGCCCAUCAGGGAGCUUUCUAGACUGACUUCGACCGUCAUGAGGAAGAUUGAAAACUCAAGAGUUGGUGCUAGUUCUUCCAAGACAUCAAAAGAAUGCCUGACUCCUCUGAAGACUCCAACUACGGUAUCUAGGAAUGAGGUGCACAAACGUUCUACAACCACCCCGUGUUCAGAAAAGAGAAGGGCCAAAACACCGCUUGAUCCCUCAGCCAGUGGAACCAAAACUCCUGUGUCCAAAUGGCGUUUACUCCGUACAGAUUGUUCAAAGUUUUUGAGUGCCUGCAGAAACAAGGCGAGGUCACCAUUUUCAUCGGCCCCUAUUGCUUUAAGAACUGAAGAAAGAGCUGCAAGUAGAAAGAAGAAGCUUGAAGAAAAGUUUAAUGCGAAUGAGGAACGAAAGGUGCAGGUGCAAAGAAAACUCAAGGAGGAAGAAGAAACAGAAAUUGGAAAGUACCGCCAAACCCUUUGCUUCAAGGCGAGGCCGCUUCCUGAUUUUUAUAAAGAAAGAAAAUCACCAAGGAACGAGAUACAUAAGGUUCCAGUUACUCCUCAGUCAAAGAACCCAGGGAAAAAGCCCACUCCAAGCACAGUUGAGAGCUCAACGUCUCUACCUCCUAGUGGAGCUUCAAUCAAGAGCAUUGGCUCCAAGAAUGUCCUAGGAAGGAAUAACCGAACCCCAGGAAGGAAUGACCGAACCCCAACCUGUUCUCUCAUUUCACGAUCCUUCAAGACAACUCGCGAGAAUACUUCUCCAAAUAUUCAACUUGGACAACCUAAGCUUGAAAACAAGUUUCUGUUGGAGCAGAAGUGAGACGUAUCAGUCCUGAAAGCUUCGAGCAACUUUCAGAUAGUCUUGAUCACACCGCGUAACAAAAUGAGUUUGCUGAGACAUGGAAAUAUGCAUAGAGAUUGUGAGCAAAUUCGUUCUUGUAUGACGAGUGUAGUUUGCAACUAGUAUUAGUGGACAAAGAUUUGUAAGAUCUUUCCGUUGUUACUUGUACCACGAUUUGUUUCAACUCUAGUAAAUGUAGAAACACUGGAAAACAGCAAACAUGUGGAAUUUCUGCUCUGCAGAAAGAAUCUCAUAAUUUUUUAGCA